GGUGCUGAUGGUAUUCAAGGUUGUAAAGGCAGGCCUGGUUCUCCAGGAUUACCGGGAGAUAUUGGAGUUUCUGGUCCUAGAGGAGCUGCUGGAUCACCGGGUGAUUAUGGCCCACCUGGAGAAAUGGGUCCUCCUGGUCUGUUGGGAGCUGUGGGGCCUCCUGGUCUUGAUGGAUUGGAUGGAGUUGCUGGCCGAGAAGGACCCCACGGAAAAGAUGGCCUUUAUUGUCCUUGUCCAAGGAAAAGUGGCUUUUUUAGCAGUACAAGCACGUACUACAAUCGCAGUUCAUUCGCCGAGGAGGGGUACGGGGAUAUAAACGGCAGAUAUGCGUCAAUUGAAGUGCCCAUCUCAGAGAUUGAAAUAGAGGCGCCACAUGAGCCUGCCAGCGAAAGCGAAUAUAUAACGGGCGGAUCUUUUUCACGAAAGCUGGAGUAUGAAGGGCGAACAUCACAAAAAAGGCAAGACAAAAAAAUUCUGAAAAAUAGCAAAUCAUACUGUACGAAGAUUUCAGCAGCAAAAAAUUCAGCUGGAGCGAUAGCACAAUGGAAAGCGAUAGUUCGUACAGGCCGACGGGAGAAUUUGCCAGCAAAAGAAAAACAAAAGAAAUCGAUACUUGAUUCAGGAUUAUAG